UAUUUAUUCUGCUUUGGAUUUAAGUUGUAGCCUUUUUAAGGUUAUGGUUAUGGGUAAAGUGUUUGUUUAUGACUGAAUUUCAAAAUUUUUUCUGAUAUUGGUUUUAGUAAUUGCUAGAUUUGAUUUAAAGAGGAAUUUUUAGUGUCAAUAAUCAUUUAGAAGUGCAGGGUGCCAAAGGCGACACCAAAGCCCACUGAUGACCAGGGGGCAUUUCCGAUCAUAUUUUCCUGACCUCAGAUCACGUCCCAGAUUGUCUAACUGUUCUGACAUCAUAUCAUGUUGGGAUGCAGAAAACACGAACCAAUCAUUACAAUGACAUGUCAUUUUUACAGCGGAGGAUUGGAGUCAACGAUUGAAGAAUAACGGAUAAUGAAAAUCCAAGAUAAAGAAAGUUAUAAAUUUGUUUGAGCACAGAUGAGUUACAGCCAGUAAAAGGGAAACUAUUUCAACAUAAGCAAAGUUUUAAUAAAGUGAUAUCCAAAAGAAGGAUAUUGGAAUGACAACUUUUGAAUGGUAACCAAGAGUAAAACAAAUAUGAGAAUUAAUUAAAUUAGACAUUUUGUAAAUUUAAAGAUGAGUAGAGGAAAAGAGAGACUUUUGGAAUUAUACGGCGAUGACCACCCAGGAUUUGGUUCUUACCUUGAGUGUAUGACGAGAGCAAAUUUCACAGGACUGGCUACAUUUACAAUUGCUUUUUCGUCCACAUAUAUAGCUCAGAGUAUAUUGAAGAAUAAACUGCCGUAUUCAUCAAAAUUCUAUGUCUUAUCAUCAACAGUCGUAGCAGCAUAUUUUUCGUACAAAGUGUCAAAGGCAAGGAGUCAAGUGUGUCAGGCAGCCUGGCUUGCAGCUGAAGAUAAGAGUACUUACUUUACUGAACUCGAAAAAACUUCACCAACUCCUGUCAGCUGAGAGUAGAUUUCAAACUACCGCCUUUGCUUAGUGAAAAUGUAUAGUUUUGUAGCAAGAAA